AUGUUGCGUCCUAAUACCAUCACUUUCAUCUCUAUUUUCCUUCUCUUUCGAAUCUCGGCUGCCAUCAAUGCAUGCCCUGUCACUGACACAACUUUUACCGGAACUCAGGGCAUCAGAUAUCGAGUGUGUCCAGACACUGACUUGAUUGGAGCGUCACAAUCAAUCACACCUAACGUUGCCUCUACUACAGCAUGUGCGCAGCUAUGUGACGGUGCUUUAAACUGCUUUAAGGCUGUCUAUGAUACACAAACCAGAGACUGCCACAUCAAGGCCAACGCUGGUCUAAAUUGGCAACCUAAUGGACGCUUUGAUGUUAUCCAGGCAGAGCAGGUCAACAUCGCGAAGUGUCCCUACCCGGAGACUACUUAUACCAACAAUGGGAAAAACUUCAAAAUUUGCCGUGAUACCGAUCUGCGUGGUGGAAGUGCACAGAUGAUCAAUGGCAUCACAACACUGAACGACUGUGCUCAGCGAUGCUCAACGAUUGACACCUGCAUGCAAGCAGUGUUCGACUCGGUUGCUUCGAUAUGCCACAUCAAGGUAGACCCGAACACGAACACCGUGAUCUGGUCGACAGACAAGCGCUUCGAUGUCAUCCGCCGAGAUGUCGCUGCUAGCCCAGCUGUAAGCGGAGCCUGGUCUGAUCUAGUAAGACUGCCGGUCAUUCCAGUCGCUGCCUACAUUGUGCCAGAGUUUCCCUCAUCAAGUCGACUUAUGGUGUUCUCUAGUUGGGGUGCUGAUGCCUUCGGAGGCGAGGGUGGCCGCACUCAGUUUGCAGACUAUAAUUUCAACUCUGGCGCAGUAUCUGCACGCACAGUGGCCAACACUCAGCACGACAUGUUCUGUCCCGGUAUCAGUGCCCUAGAAAACGGACGGAUUCUCAUUCAAGGUGGUUCGGACGCCAAGAAAACCAGCUACUACGACCCCUCCUCCAACACAUUUACUCGCGCACCAGAUAUGAUUAUGGCGCGUGGCUACCAGACGUCUGUUACUUUGAGCGACAACCGUGUCUUUACCAUUGGGGGUGCCUACUCUGGCCCGCGACAGGGCAAGGACGGAGAGGUUUUCGAUCCAAAAGUCAACUCUUGGAAGGCACUCCCUGGCGCAAAGAACGGCCCAAUGCUUACUACUGAUGCCGAGGGCAUAUGGAGAGAAGAUAAUCACGGCUGGCUAUUUGCUUGGAGAAACGGAUCUGUGUUCCAGGCUGGCCCGAGCAAGGCAAUGAAUUGGUACAGUGCCAACGGCAAUGGUGCUCAGGUCGCAGCCGGUACACGAGACACCGACGAUGCUAUGUGCGGUAUCUUUGUUAUGUAUGAGCCCGGUAAAAUUCUCACUGCCGGUGGUUCGCCUGAUUACACUAACUCUGACGCUAACAACCGCGCCCACAUUAUCAGCAUUGGCGAGUACGGCCAGCCUGCUGUUGUUGAGCGUGCUCCUGAUAUGGCAUACCCUCGCGGCUUCUCGAACGCUGUCGUGCUUCCUGAUGGCACUGUCCUUGUCACCGGUGGCCAGCGUCGCUCGAUGGUCUUCACUGACGAUGCUGGUAUCCUCCAAGCUGAGCUCUUCAAUCCAGUAACCAAGUCUUGGAAAACGCUAGCCGCUGAGGCAGUCCCUCGCAACUACCACUCAGUCAGCAUCUUACUUCCCGAUGGUCGCGUCUUUAGCGGUGGUGGUGGCCUUUGCUACACUGGUCAGGUCGGUGGAAGCACAGUCAACUGCAACAAGCUUGUUGACCACGCUGAUGGCCAAACUUUCUCACCACCUUACCUUUUCAAUCCCGAUGGCUCCGCCGCUAUUCGUCCUAUCAUCUCUGCCCUCAGCUCCACUAGCAUCGCGGUCGGCGGCCAACUACAGAUCACUACCUCUACUGCUAAUCCCAGAUUUGUCCUCGUUCGGAUUGGUAGCGUUACACACUCGGUCAACAGUGACCAGAGACGUAUCCCGUUGACUGAUGUUGUUCGCAGUGGCACACGACACACUGCUACUCUGCCUAACGAUAGUGGCAUCUUGAUCCCAGGACACUAUUACCUUUUUACUCUUAACACUGCUGGUGUACCUAGUAUUGCACGAACAGUAAAGGUAAUCUCUUCAAGGAGAUAA